CCUUCCCUCCCCCACCUCCUCCACUCCAAUCCGCUCUCGCUCCUCUCCACCACCACCAUAAUUACAUACUCCCUCUCCACGCCACUUCUCCUCUCCUCUUUUCCUCCUCAACCCUGCUCUUUCUCCUUCAACAUGUCCUCUUUCUCCUCCUCUCCCCUGUUGCCCCCCGCCAACUCCACUUUUCCCUCUCGUCUCCUGCUCUUCUCCUCCCUUUCAUGCGUUUUUUUCCUCUCCUUGCCGCUCUCUUGUCUGUCCUGCUACGCCCCCUCUCUCCCCACUCAUUCAUCAUGCUCACUCCUCCUCCCCCUGCUCCUAUUCCUCUCUCCCUUCCCCCCAAGCUCCCCUCUGCUCCUGUUCCCCCCUCUGCUUCUCCAAUCCUCUCCCUCCUCCUUCUCAUCUCCCACUUCUCCACCCUCUUCUCUCCUCCAACUCACUCCUGGCGUUCCAAUCAUCUCCUCCCACUUCUCCCCCCCCCCCUUCAUAUUCUAUUAUAUCUCCUUCCUGUCUCCCGGUGGCCCCCCUCUCUCCUACCUCCUCCCUCCUGCUCUCCUUCCUCUUUCACCUACCUCCCACCAUUCGCUCAUCUUCCUCUCUUCUCCACAGGAGGCAAGUCAAAGAAGGGCCCGGCAGCAGUCUAUGGAAAAGGCUGGCCUGGAGGUGUGUGGGAGGAAAGAGGAGGAGGAGGAGUUGGUGGUGGAGGAGGAGGAGCAGGAAGAAGAAGAAGAAGGGCAGGAGCUGUGGGGAUGGUGGCAGGACCAGGAGGAAGAGGAAGAGGAAGAGGGGGGAAGGAGGCCAGGGAGAUGUACCUCAUCCAGUUCCCCGGGGAUGAAGCAGACGAGGGAGGGAUGAUGGAGGACGAGGAAGGGGAGGGCAGCCUCAGCGGUGAGGGGGAGGAGACUGCCAACAUCAAAGAGGAGUUUGCACAAACAGAGACUUAUCAACCCGCCUCCCUCCAGCUAAUCAGGGAGGCUUUGAAGAUGGACCCACCCAUCCAGAACCUCCACGCGUGCUCCAGAGCCCAAAGCAAAGGGGACCUGUCGGAUCGUCCCUCGAGCCUUCAUUCAGGAGCGAGAGACGAGGACUGGGAGUCGGACUCCGCCGAGCCGUCGGAGGGGGGCAUGACCAUGGACGAGCUGAGGGGUCUGGAGUCUGCACUGAGGGCCGAGAGAGGCCGCGAACAGGCCGCCCUGACGACUCCCGAGCCCGUCAGCCCCGACUCGGAGGCAGAGCAAGGCAGCGAGGGAAGCCUGGCGCCCAAGUACAUCGGUCUUGACGGAAUGGAGCAGGACGAAGAGCUGGAGCCACCCACCCUGCAGAGGGAGGAGCAGACCGGGCGAGGACGGGCGAAGGACGUGGAGAUGGCCGCAGGGGAGCCGAGGUCGGGCUGGUCGAAGAGGUCAAGGGAGGACGACUCUGCCGCCUCCGUGUCAGGCGAGGACGCGGCGGAGCAGGGCGAGCCGGCGCACCUGCCCCACCUGUGUGCUCCGGGAAGCGUCGGCGAGAGCGUAGGGGAGGAGGAGGGCGGCGGGGACCUGCUCCAUUUCUGCCCGCAAUGCGGAGGAGGCUUCACCUCACAGGCGGAGCGCGAGGAGCACCCCUGUCCACUGGGAGAAUCCCAUUUGCAGGACAGCGGGGAGGACGUCCUCCACCCGUGUGCCCACUGCGGCACCACGUUCAGCCACGCCUGGGCCCUCAAGAACCACGAGUGCGCGUGCGCCGCCGAGAGGCCGCACUGCUGCGAGAUCUGCGGGAAGCGCUUCACGCACUCGCGCUCUCUGGAGCGGCAUCAGCUGGUGCACACGGGCGAGAGGCCGCACCGGUGCCCUCAAUGCGGACGCAGCUUCAGCCGCCUGGGCAACCUGGAGCGACACCAGCGGAUUCACACCGGCGAGCGUCCGUACGGGUGCGAGGCGUGCGGGAAGCGCUUCAGCCGCGUGGAGUACUUAAAGAGACACCAGCUCAUACACACCAGUGAGAAGGCGGCGCUCCAGUGCUCCAACUGCGGGAGCGGCUUUAGUGACCUGGAGCAACUGAAGAACCACCAGUGUUUUUAAGAGCCUCUCCUCUAAACGUCCCACAGAACUGGAAAGAAAAGGCGGGGGGGGGGUUUAAUUGAAUGUGGUAGAGCUCAUGGAUUGAUGCCAGUCAAUGGUGGAUGCUCAUGCUAUUCUCAGUGAUCGGAGCACGUUCGGACUUUAAAACGAAGAAGCAGAUACACGUGUGGACAAUUUGUGUUGAGUAAAUGUAGAAGGCAAAUGGCAAAUUAACAGGAAGUCAGUUUAUACUUGGUGUUUCUCUAUUUUUUUCUUCUACAGCCUUUUUUGAUUUGAGGUGUACAAAGCUUGUAAUUAUUUAUAUGACCGAGUCGUACAUUUGUCAUUUUUAUCAAAAAGCCUCUCAAAUAUGGCAACUGGUGCCCUUGUUUUUUGCCAGACAAUAAAAUAGACAGCUUGGUAUUUUAUGUUUCGUGUUUUGGCCAUAUCAUUACGAAAUAAAUAUUUCAAUUUAUCACAAGG